AAUUGAUCAAUAAUACAACACAUAUUCUAUUGUCACUCCUUCACCCACACCAGGCGAUAACUUGUCACAGCAUCUCUAUACUGCUGUUGACAAGCCUCGCCAUCUUGAAUGAAGCGACUCUCUCAAAAUGUCUUGAACAGAGGCUCGGUCCAGCCAUGCCUUCCCCUUCGCAUCUCCAUCGGUCGCGGCACCGUUCGCAAGAUCUCUCUAACCCAGGCCAUUGAAAAGGGCAAGCGAAGAAGCAAGCAAUCUUUCCUCAAACACGAUGAUCGAUAUCGUGAGAAUCCCUCUCCCGACUCACGAGACCGUGUCGAGGCACCGAGGCAUCCGCCUGCGGACCGCAAGUCUGGUCGCGCCCCCCACUACAAUUUUGACGACUCAGCAGCCUCCAGGCCUCCCUCAGAAUACUCUAGCUUCGAGUCCCCAGUACCCAUCGUCGACAAGAUUCCCUUCUCCUCUGCGAGCUCCGAAUUCCUCUUUGGUGCAUUCUCCAUCCUUUCCGCUCUCAGAGCAAGGAGAAGACGUCAUCUAUAUAACCUCUACCGACUGCCAUUAGCAGCCUCAGUCGAUAGCAAACGGCCCGCCCAUAACGACCAAACAGAGGAGAGUGUUCCUGCUGGACAGGACAAGAAUAGCGAUCAACAGACUCUGAGGCGGAAGAUUUUCGACCUUGCGCAAGAUCUUAGCAUUGAAAUCAAGGAACUCGAUGCUUUUCAGGGCAAAAGAAUCUUUGACAGGCUCGCCAAUGGUAGGCCUCAUUCUGGUCUCAUCCUCGAGGCAGCCCCGCUUCCAAGACUGCAAGUCACUGGUUUGAACGCCUUGACAGAAUCAGGGAGUUCUCUGACUGUCACAGCCUCAUCGACCUCACGAGAAGAUCGGGAAAUCAAUCAUGUCUUCAAUGUUUCCGGCGGCCAGGCCACCAUACCAUCUGUACGCCCCCGUGGACAAUUCCCAUUUCUACUCUUUUUGGAUGGUGUCACCAACCCGGGUAACUUUGGAGCAAUCGUGAGAUCUGCAUGGUUUCUCGGCGUUGACGCCAUUGUUAUUCCAGACCACGGAGUCUCUCCCGUGUCAGCCGUGUCUCUAAAGGCAUCGGCUGGUGCGCUUGAGUACAUGCCGAUCCUGCUCGUGUCCGAUGAAAAGGGAUUCUUCGUUCGAUCCCGUGAGGCUGGUUGGAAGUUCUUUGCUGCGACCUUACCGGCCCGACAAGAGUCGCCAUUACCGCCCCAUGUUUUGCAGGAUAGGGGAGCUUUACUGAAACAUCCCUGUGUCUUGGUUCUAGGAAACGAGCACCAAGGACCCCGGCCUUUCAUUCACCGAUAUAUGGACGGCACGUCCUCAAUAACAAAUGCUCGCUCUCAUGUUGCCGAUAUUGACAGCUUGAAUGUUGGCACGGCCGCAGCCCUUCUAGCCCAACGAUUCCUCGACUCUGCCCAGGUCGACAGUCUCCCGGUCCAGACAGGGUCAAAAUCCGAGGAAAAGCUUUUCUGAAUGUCAAUUGCCAUGUCUGACCCAGGAAGAGACCAUUUUGUAUACAUGAUAUUUGAAGUACACCCCGGCCCUAGUGUUUACUAUCUUGAUCGGUUAUAAACAUCACUGCUCUCCUUUACGUGUGGGACUAGAUGACUAUGGUCAAAUCCAAACGUGCAAAUGACUGGAUACGGGAAUUUCAGUAUAUUCAUUCACACUUGGCGAGUUUUGUCUUACUCGAGCGGUUGAGGUUUGACCUAUGCUAUGAUAAAUUACAGCGACCUUCUUUGUG